AUGUUGAAGCAUUAUUGUGUACACAUGAUUAGCUUUGUGGAACUCCAGCUGCAUUUGACUCUGAUGGACCCGAUUUUGUUGAGGACCUUUCAACCUUCUUUUCCACAACAUGAUUUUACUUGUUUGAGAGUUUUUUUCUUUUCACCCAAGAUCAUAUUGAACCAUGAUUUCAUGAUUGUUGCUCAUAUGCGGAUACAGACCAUGUUUAUAUGUACAUUAGUAGAAAAUUGUGACAUUCAUGCAUCCAUCAGGAUAAAGACUGAUGCUUCAAAGUCAAAAGAGGGAAACGCCUCCCAAACAUCUGUCGAAACCAUUGAUAAUGUGACUCUAUCCAAACCAACAACAACUGCUGCAACAACAACAACACCAGUGGUAACCACUGUUCCAACUCCACAGACUAACAAACUCCCGCCAACCACUCCAAAGAAAAGAAAAACAAACACUACUGGGAAGGAUCCCAAUGCUGGAGGGAAUUCACCAACUGCUUUGAAGAAGAAGGAAAUUUCCAAAAGUGCUGCACCAACUGCAAUCUCUCUUCUGAGAAUCCACAGGACAUUUUGA